AUGUUAGAGCGCUUUUCUGACUCGAUGACGGCGCCUGGUAUCGUACCUCGCAUUGGAAGAGGUCUUUUCGCUGUCGCGGACUUUGACACCGGCGACGAUAUCCUACAUAUUCAGACCCCGUUUCUUGCUGUCCUCAACACCGAGCGGCUAGGUGAUACGUGCGCAGGGUGUUUUGGAAAGACGCAAUUUGAGAAAACCAGCCAAGAGAUCCAACUGAGGUAUUGCUCGGGCUGCCAGGUUCCCAAGUAUUGCGACAGGGUUUGUGCAGGAUUCCCCGCGAUUGGAGUUACGUCUAAUAUGAUGCUAUAUAUAGACAUGUCAAGUCAGGACUGGCAUCUCGGCCAUAGAUUCGAAUGCUCUAUCUUCAAGGCGCUGAAACCCAGAGUCCUUCCCACCAAUGCUCGGGCAGUCUUGCGCAUAAUCCUGCGACUUGCUGCCCCUGCCAGAAGCGCAUACAGUCCAAAGGAGCUGUCAUUACUUGAUCAGCUCGAGUCACAUAUCGACGAGAUCCGCGAUAAGAAUACCGCGUCAUGGGAACGUACAACCCUCUCCGCCAUGGCUGUCAAGCAUUACUCUGGAACGGAUAUGGAGCUUGAGGAGAUACUCGAGCUUAGUGCCAAGCUCGAGGUCAAUUCCUUUAGCCUGACAACGGCCACCUAUGACCGGAUUGGGAUGUACAUGCACCCGUACGCAGCUAUCAUGAAUCACGACUGCCACUACAAUGCAAUCGUUGGGUUCGACGGACCUCAAAUGUACGUCAAAGCCAUUCGGCCGAUUAAGGACGGCGAGCAGAUAGUAAUAUCUUAUGUCGACGCUACGCACCGCUAUUCCAUACGCAAGAAGGAGCUACUCGAAAGAUACUACUUCACCUGUCGCUGCGAUAAAUGCUUGGUUGACGAGGAUGAACCUUUGGCGAUGUCUGAUGCUGUGGCGGAUGCAUAUGCUCUUCUAGAGUCUAACUCUGCGACCUACGAAGGUGACAAGCUACUCGGCAUCAUAACUAACCUGACCGAUAAUACAUGGUCGCUCUCCGACCAGCCGCUCGUCGCCUUGGUGGACGAGUAUAUUGCAACCCUGAUCUCUGAGGGUGAGAUGGAAAGUGCAAUGUCCGCCGCCGCGCUGCGGUACAAAUACAUUGAUCCCGACAUAUAUUCCGAAGCGCACUCUCUUCGCGUCGUGCACGCAUGGGCGCUGGCGAAGAUCGCCAUCCACAUAGAACACACAAGCGUCAUGGCCGUGCUUAAAGUGUACGGGUAUACAACAGCGGAUGGUGUUGUGCAUCAGGGAGAGAAGAUAGUGGUGAACCCGGGGAUGAUUGCUUGGUCUGUACUGAACAGCCUGGUUUUUGAGGGACACGGAAGCUGUGUGGUUCCUGGACUCAAAGACAUCAUAAGGAGAACACAUACGCAAGUACAUGACGAGUUCCUCGAGCAAGGCACAGACAUGCGGGAGAUGAACGACCGGGUUCGGAUUGAAUGGGAAAAGGUUGAGAGGGCGGCGAAGUCUAUAGUCGGGGACCGCACUAUGACUCCAAUCAACGCGCCUCUCCUUCCCACGGCUGACAGCGACCUUUCGGAUUUAGAUGUAUGGUAA